AUGCCAAUCAACACUGGCAACGAAGUCAAGAGACGUCUAUCAUCUAUGUCAGAACGACCCGACACCAAGCCAAUGCCUCUAUUCCGCGGAGUUGAUAACAAUGAUGGCCAAAGUAAGGACGAAGAGGAAACCCAUUCGCCAUUCCACAACAAUCUCGCGACACGACAUAUUGUGUUUUACACCCCCAAAUCCCGCUGUCGAGAUCUGGUGCUGCUCGUAAUGAUGCCGUGGGGGAUGCCGAUGGAUAACUUUCGAGCCAUACAAUUUAAUGACGAUGCCAAUAAAGCCACUAUCGAGUAUGAGAUAAAUAGUGAAUGGGUCAGUAUGAGUAACCACCAUCCUGGAAACGAUAAGGACGGAGCCUGGCGCGAUAUAUUUCAGGCUCAUGUGUACGUGGACAAUGAGAUGGCUCGGAGCUCUUCGGAAGUAGAUGCACCUAUAUGGUGCUCAAUGAGGAUUGAUCUCCCUUUCGCCGUAUACACACGCCCGGAGCACUACAAAACUCAUGAGAUGAAGAAAGGUGGUGUUGUUUAUGCUGUUGCUUGGACUUUGAUGGAAGCUGUAGUCAUCGUGUCAACCAGCAACCGGGAGGAACGACUCAUGCUUUCGGUGACAUGA